CUAGACAACGGAGGCCAACGACGCGCUAUAACAACAUUCAAGACACCACCGCCCGGCCAGACGGAAGGCCGAUGCUUUCAUAUAAAAGGGGCUUUCUCGAUCCUCAAGGCACAGUCGGAUUGGAGACAUCAUUAAGAAAGGAACUUGACCAGUCAGAAAAAGAUGGCUCUGCUACAGAAAUCUGUCCUUGACCGCUACCUUAGACUGGAAAUCCCAGACCAGAAAUGUCAAGCUAUGUACGUCUGGAUUGAUGGCACUGGGGAGAAUCUGCGUUCCAAGACUAGAACUCUCAACUUCACGCCAAAAUGUCCAUCUGAGUUACCCAUCUGGAACUUCGAUGGCUCAUCCACUGGACAAGCUGAAGGAAGCAACAGCGACGUUUACCUUCACCCUGUAGCCAUGUACAGAGAUCCCUUCAGACUGGGGAACAACAAACUCGUCCUCUGCGAAACCUACAAGUACAACAAGAAGCCCACAGAGACCAACAGAAGAAUGACCUGUCGGGAGGUCAUGAAAAGGGCUGAAGACCAGCAUCCCUGGUUCGGCAUGGAACAGGAGUACACGCUCUUGGAUAUCGACAACCAUCCCCUAGGCUGGCCCAAGAAUGGUUACCCAGGCCCCCAGGGGCCUUACUACUGCGGCGUUGGAGCUAGCAAGGUCUACGGCCGCGACGUCGUCGAAGCUCACUACAGAGCCUGCCUCUACACGGGCAUCAACAUCUCGGGAGAGAACGCCGAGGUCAUGCCCGCCCAGUGGGAAUUCCAGGUCGGGCCUUGCGAAGGCAUCACAAUGGGAGACGACCUCUGGAUGGCCAGAUAUCUCCUCCAUCGUGUAGCUGAAGACUUUGGUGUCGUUGUCUCACUUGACCCCAAACCUAUUCCAGGAGACUGGAACGGAGCUGGAAUGCACACAAACUUCUCCACGAAAGCUAUGCGCGAUCCCAAUGGCAUCAUUGAGAUAGAGAAGGCCAUUGAGAAGAUGUCCAAGGUCCACGACAAGCACAUCAGGGCAUACGACCCCCAUGGAGGCAAGGACAACGAGAGGCGUUUGACUGGGCUUCACGAGACCUCUUCCAUUCACGAUUUCUCGGCUGGGGUAGCCAACAGAGGAGCUUCCAUAAGAAUCCCUCGCGGUGUGGCAGAGGAGAAGACAGGGUACCUGGAAGAUCGAAGGCCCUCUUCCAACGCUGACCCCUACGUUGUAUCCGAAAGAUUGGUACGCACUAUCUGCCUCGAUGAGCAGUAAACUCAUGAGCCACGAGGUCACAGAGCAAUCAUUAACAUUUUAUGUAUAGGCCAUCAUCAUCAUCAUCAUAUAUUAACUUGAAAUGUUUAAUCUGUCAGGUUAUGAUCAUUACAUUCGUUUAAUAUUUAAUCAGUCAGGCUUAAGAUAAAUAUCUGUACACUAAUUUAACGUUGUGUGUUUCUUAAGUUAUCUGUAAUCAUUGUUGUAGCAAACUUUUAGUCCUUGAAUAAACUAUUUUAAUAAG